AUGAACAACUUUGAAUCUUCUCACUCACGAAGCCGCCCGGCAUGGUAUUAUCGAGUGCUACGCCUAAGCCUCCAAUGGCACCACGAUCUCGACGACUAUGGAGAUGUUAAACCAGGGGACUUUGACGAAGACAUCUCUGAGUUGGGAGAGUCAGAUAAAGAGGACGAGAGCGAGGCUUACUGCGAUUGCGACAGCGACGCGUCUGAGUGUGAUUGCGAACCGCCCGUUGAUGAUCACGUGUCCGAGAGAUCAUAUACUGAGGACGACGCGGAUUACUACUACGAAUUAAAAGAGAUGCGCAAAGAUCGGAAGCGUGUGCUACGAGAUCUCAAAGAGCAGGAAGCAAAGAUAAAAGAGCAGGAAGCAACCAUGAAAGAGCUCGAAGCAAGAGUGAAACAAGAGGAACGCAAGCAUAGUGAAGGGAAAAUCAACGAGGUGCGCGAAGCGUACAAAAAGCUGAAGCAAGUCAUCCAGAAUGGUGAUGAACCGCCGAUUCUCGAUCCUCUAGCUAUGAUAAGUCGUUUUCACCUAUUCUCCGUCGAACACGUGGAUUACUGCUGUCAUGGCGACAUCUAUCCGACGAGGUUCGUUUCAUUUUGCCACCUAUCGGAACUUAUACAAGUGGCAAAUGGGGCUACCUCCAAAGACUCCACGGAUGACAACCCCAAACCAUUGUAUGGCGACGUAUAUCUUGGGGCGAAAACGGACUGUGAAAUUGACAGGUUUUUCCCUCCUACAAAGGCUGGAAUGGAGAAAAUUACGGUGACAGCAAAUGAAGGCAAAUUGAAGCUCGAUGUGCGCUUCUUAAGCAACGACUAUCUGAUUAUUUCCAUACCUGCGACGGUAGUUUUUGGGAGUAAACCUAUUCCUCCAUCGGCUCCCAAAAAGUUCAAGUUCGCGGGGAUUCGUCACAAGUUCGCGAUGUCGAUGCGAAGCUGGGAUAAUAGGCAUAAAAGAAAGCGCUCAGCUUCUUCCGAUUCUUGGUCUGAGAGACACCACCCAUCGGGAUACUGGCCUAAAGUUCCGGUGGAUGAGGCACGGCUGUGA